AUGGGGAGGAAGCUGGACCUGUCCGGCUUGACUGACGAUGAAACGGAGCAUGUUCUCCAGGUGGUUCAGCGGGACUUCAAUCUUCGCAAGAAAGAGGAAGAACGACUCAGUGAGAUGAAGCAGAAGCUGGACGAGGAAGGCAGCAAGUGUAGCAUCCUCUCCAAGCACCAGAAGUUCGUGGAGCACUGCUGCAUGCGCUGCUGCUCGCCCUUCACCUUCCUCAUCAACUCCAAGCGCCGCUGUGGGGACUGCAAGUUCAACGUCUGUAAGAGCUGCUGCUCCUUCCAGAAGCAGGACAAGGUGUGGAUCUGCUGUGUCUGCCAGCAGGCCAGGCUCCUGAGGACGCAGUCUCUGGAAUGGUUCUACAAUAAUGUGAAAAGCCGCUUCAAGCGCUUUGGCAGUGCCAAGGUCCUGAAGAACUUGUACCGGAAGCACAGGCUGGAGACUGGAGCGUGCUUCGACAUCUUAGGAGGAAGUUUUUUUGAGGCAAACCUGGAAAAUGAAGGAAGCCUUUCAGGCAGUGACUCAACCUUCUAUAGGCAGUCAGAGGGACACAGCAUGAUGGACACCUUGGCCGUUGCAUUACGCGUGGCUGAAGAGGCCAUUGAAGAAGCAAUCUGCAAAGCAGAGGCCUGUGGGGACAGUCUGGACAAGCAGAACGAGGCCAGUUACCUGCGUGACCACAAGGAGGAGCUGACAGAGGAGCUGGCCACAACUAUCCUGCAGAAGAUCAUAAGAAAGCAGAAAAAUAAAAGCGAGAAGCAAGCGGAAGAGGAGCCAGAGUGGUCACAGCCCCAGGGCCGUGGGGUGAAGGCAGCCCAGGAGGGGACCGCCACCUCCCCCACAGGCCGGCAAGCUGCCCCUGACCUCUGGAGGUCCCACUCGGCUUGUCCCAUCAACGGAGAAGACACUCUGAAGACCGCUGCCCAGGAGGCCGGCUGGAGGCAGCUGUGGGAUGAGGACCUGCACCCCAGAGAGGAUUCCGCUUUGCCCAGCUGGGGGAGCACAGACAGACUGGACAAAACAAACCUGGCCCCAGUUUUGCAGAGCCCCGAUGGGAACUGGAUGGCUCUGAAGGAGGGCGCCCUGCCCCCCACUCGCCUGCUGACCAAGCCCAAGAGCGGGACAUUCGAGGCUCUAGAGGCCGCCUCCAGCGUGGUGUCCGCCUAUGAAGAGAUGGGCUCCGACAGCGAGGAGGACUUUGACUGGAGCGAGGCCUUGAGUAAGCUGUGCCCGAGACCCCGGGGCCUGCUUGCUGACCCCCAGCCUCAGCCCGCCCAGGCCCGAGGCCCCUCAGCCGCCUCCACCUUCUCCUCACUCUCCCCCAACCCUGAGGCCGCGUGUUCGGACUCGGAGACCUCCUCCGCCGGCUCUUCCCGGGAAGCUGGGCGCCGGGCCAGGCUGUCCUGGCGGCAGAGGAAGCCCCCCAGGAGCCCCCCGGCAGAGAAGAUGCGGCUGCAGGGAGAGCUGGACGUGAACUUCAACCCCCAGAUGGCCAGUGGGGAGACCUCAGACAGCAGCGAGCCUGAGGAGGGGCCCCCCACAGCAGACCGGAGGGCCAGGAGGUGGAGACGGGCCCGGGUGGGCUCAGAAGAGCCAAGCAAGGAAGCAUCUUCUCCCAGCGCCCACCCCCAGGAUGUGGCCCUGCACCAGGUGUGGGGUGACUCAUCUGAGACUGACAUCAGCAAUGAGGCUCAGCACCCCGGGACCAGCACACACACCACCGAGGAGAAACUGAGAAACCGCUUGUACGAGUUGGCGAUGAAAAUGAGUGAAAAGGAGACUUCUUCCGGGGAGGACCAGGAGUUCGAACCCAAGACAGAGUCGGAGACUCAGAAGGAGAGUCUGUCCUCUGAAGACAACAGCCAGUGCGUCCAGGACGAGCUGAAGAAGAAGUAUUCUGCUGUUUCUCUCUGCAACAUCUCCACAGAAGUCCUCAAGGUCAUCAACGCCACCGAGGAGUUGAUAGCAGAGUCUACAGGACCCUGGGAGCUCCCACCGGUCCCUCUUGACAGGGCGAAGGGGACGUUUCCUCUUGGGACGGACCAAGUGAGACUGGAUGAGCAGCUGACCUCCCUGGAAGAAAACGUCUAUCUGGCGGCAGGGACCGUGUAUGGACUGGAGGGUCAGCUGACAGAGCUGGAGGACGCCGCCCGCUGCAUCCACAGUGGCACAAAUGAGACCGAGCUGGCAAACCUAGAGGACCAGGUGGCCACAGCUGCAGCUCAGGUUCACCACGCUGAGCUCCAGAUUUCUGACAUCGAGAGCCGGAUCGCAGCCCUGACCGUUGCCGGAUUAAACAUCGCGCCCUGUGUGCACCUCACAAGAAAACGGAGCCAGAAGCAGAGGAGCCAGGUUCAAACCAUAGACACAUCCAGACAACAGAGGAGGAAGCUGCCCGCCCCACCUGUGAAAGCUGAAAAAAACGAAUCCUCUUCAGUGACGGCCCUGAAAACGUUCAACCACAACUUCAUUCUCCAAGGCUCCUCGGCACACAGGACCAACGAGAGGACAGGCACCCCCAGGGACUCGAUGGAAUGCAAGGCCCCAGCCAUUGUUUACCUGGCCACGUCUCAGGAUUGUAUCUGCAAUGAGCAACUCUGGAAGGUGAGGGAGCCGAGGGGAAGAGGAGACCAGAGGGUGCGGGAACCACGGCCAACGGCCGCCGGUCCCCCAUCAGCCGCAGCCAUCGCGAUCCCUACGAGCCGGAGAGCCCCGCCUCCUGCACGCCCUCCCGUCACGCCCUCCCGUCACGUCUCGGGCCGCUCACGCAAUCGGGCGCAGCGCCUGCCGGGAAUUGUGGUCCCGGAAGUCCAGCCGACUCCAGGCUUCUUCGGGUGUCUCUCGCCUCCGGAAAACUACAAGUCCCAGGACUCCAAGCGCGGGGCCGAUUACCCGCAGCGCCGCCUCUUUGCUCGCGUCGUCUCCUCCUUCAUUGCCACUGCCGCCUCUUCCUGCCUCCUCCCGGCUUCCGCCGCCGCAGACGCUCCCGUCGGAUCCCAAGCUCGGGACGAAGCUUCUCGCCUGAUUCGCUUCCCCUUUUCUCGCCAGUGA